CCUGCCGGUUUCACAGACGGGGUCACGCCCCCUUGAUAUUGAACCACCGCGCCGCUGGGGAGCGAAUUGCCUUGCGUUGUACCUCAGCCAGAACGACCGGCAGAGGUCAGUACGUAACGACCCCGCGGUUAGACUCUUCUCCGUUCUCAUCCGCCGCACCAUCCCGCGCAGCUGGAAGGCUAGCCGGAGCGUUGAAAACCACAUUUGAUCGUUGAUGCGGUAAUGGGAAUCUUGCCCGACACGGCGCUUAAUAAUUACGACAGUUGAGGUAGAGUGCUCCCAUUUAAAUAUCUGCUAGGUCUCUGGAAAUUCCAAUAAAACAACAUUUGUCCUUGACAUCUCUGCGAGUUCCGGACCUACAGCUAUGGAUCCAGCACUGCAGAAUAUCCACGGCAUUCCCGAAUUCAGCAGCAACUGGAACUUGGACAAUAUUGACACCAGUAACUUGCCUGCUACCGUCAGCCCCAUCCACUUAUGCGCACUUCGAAACGAUCUCAACGAAGGCGACGAGGCAGGCGAAUCUCCCACAAACCACUGGACAAUGUGCCUCCAGCUCUCCCCACAGUCAAGCGUGAUGCUGGACAUGGCCCCGGGCUACGGAAGCGACGGGUUGCGGGGCAAGGUCGAAGCCUCGUCCAUUGGUGAGCCCUACACCGAGGAGACGCGCCGGACCUUCUCCUUCAAGCCAACUAAAGAAAUCACCGUGGGCGAUGUAAUUCGGCUCGUCGCGGAGAGGGGAAGGGACGCAUUCAGCUUUUCCCCCGAGUGGGAGGGGUGCCGGUUCUGGAUGUCGACGGUGAUGGGGGACUUCGAGGAUGCCGGUCUUGUCGAAGAAGGGAGCGCUAAAACUGCAAAGGAGGCAUUGCUGAAGUAUUGGGUGAAUCCGGAAGGAUCUGAGCCUCGGGUUAUGCGAGAGGGAACGUCCAGGAGAUGAGCAAAAUGCCAUACUUCCCACCUAGUUUGAUCUUUCGCGGCGUCUUCAUCUGGGCUACCGCCUCAAACCAUGUCCCAGACCGAGCACCUCUUCCCAAAUUUAUGCUUUCGGACAAGCCACCGAUCUACAUCGUGUUGCGGCGGUCUGUACACCUUCAUGGGCCAACGUCUGGAUCUCUAGAAAAGGCAUCAUAUUCAAAGCUAAAUCAUCUAUCACUCCUCAUCUAAAACACAAUUGGAGAGUUUUCAAUCAUUACCCAGUGGCUGUCCAAGUACC